AUGGUGAUUGAGAUUUUUAGGCCUUUCCUUCACAACCAUGUGUUGUCGCUGAGUGAAAAGAAGAGAGAAGAUAAGGUUUUAUGCAAGGGAUGCAAUGAACAUUGCGAUGAAGGUCCGAUCUACAGUUGCAGGAAAUGCGACUUCAACCUGCACGAAUCAUGUGCAAAGCUACCGCAGGAGUUGCACAACCCCCUUCUUCACCCACACCCUCUUUCCCUAGAAUUCGCAGAAUACGGUGGGCUUGGGAGUUACUGUAGAGCUUGUGGCGACGAUACUCUCCGGGCGGGGUUAAUCUUCCGCUGCGACAAGUGCAAGUACUUCAGGGUUCAUGUUAAGUGCGCUUUUAUAAGGCCAGCGAUAGAAGAAGGGGAGGAGGAGGCAGUUGUUGUUGGUACACAUUCUAGCCACCGCCAUCAUCCAUUGCUACCCUUGGAGAACAUACCUGCCCAUCUCAUUAACUGCAGCGUAUGUGGAAAAUACUGCUCGGACCCGAAGACCUAUGGUUGCCUCCCAUGUGGCUUCUUUCUCCAUCCCUCGUGUUUUAAGUUGCCGGAAGAGAUUUUCCAUCCCUUUCAUCCAUACCAUCCUCUCACCCCAAAACGAUUCGAAAUUUCUAAAAGAUUCUCCAUAGAUCACUCCAGAUAUGGAGACUCCAUAAUCAUCAUUAAUCAUGAUGAUAAUGUUAAAUGCAAUGCCUGUCGCGAGGAUAUCCCGUGGGACACAUUCGCCUACGUUUGUGAGUGUAAGAUUAAAUGUAGCUUUUGCUUACAAUGCGCUAGUGUGAUAAUGCCUGCCAUAACAUACCAUGGCCACGAUCACCUUCUACUAUUCAAUGACAAUAUUAGAAAGAUCGAGUGCAGCGCUUGCAACAAAUCCAGUGCUUGUGAAUCAUAUGGCGGUUUCCGUUGUCUGUAUUGUGAUUGCAAUCUCCAUCUUACGUGUGGUCCAUUACCAUCUACCAUUAAACACAAAUCCCACAUACAUCCCCUUAUUCCCACGCAUUCUCUUGCUGAACAUGAAGAUGAGACACAAGAUGAAUUCUAUUGCGAUGCUUGUGAGGAAGAAAGAGACCCAUUCUUACCCAUCUAUUCUUGCGCCGAAUGUCAUUUUGUUGCUGAAAUUUCUUGCGUCAUCUCAGAGGCUGCCAAGAAGAUCGCUGAUAAGCUCGCAAAAGAUUUCCAGUCGGUUCUUAGAGAAUUUCAGAAGGCUGCAACUGAGAGGGAAACAAACUAUGCUCCUUUUGUUCCUAAUGAAGGUCUUCCAUCCAGAUAG